GCGGCCGCGAUGGCGGCGGCCGGCGGGGGCCCGUAGGGGCCAUGGGGAACGCGGAGGGCCGGGCCCCGCGGCGGGCCGAGCCCAGGGGCAACCCCGGCAGCUUCGAUGAGCUGCACCGGCUCUGCAAAGAGGUGUUCCCGCCGCAGAUGGAGGGGGUGAAGCUGAUCGUCACCAAGACCCUGAGCAGCCACUUCCAGGUGACACACACGGUGCACAUGAGCACCCUGGGCCCCUCCGGCUACCGCUUCAACGCCACCUUCGUGGGGGACCGGCAGCUCGGGCCCACCGAGGUGUUCCCCACCCUGCUCGGGGACAUGGACAGCGCCGGCAGCCUCAACGCUCAGGCCCUGCAGCUGCUGGGGGAGCGGCUCCGCGCCAAGGCCGUGUUCCAGACGCACCAGGCCAAGUUCGUGACGUGGCAGUUCGACGGCGAGUACCGCGGCGACGACUGCACGGCCACGCUCACCCUGGGCAACCCCGACCUGCUGGGCGGCUCCGUGAUCGUGGUGGCCCAUUUCCUGCAGAGCGUCACCGCCCGCCUCGUGCUGGGCGGGGAGCUCGUCUACCACCGGCGCCCCGGCGAGGAGGCCAUCCUCACGCUGGCCGGCAAAUACACGGCCCCGAACUGGGUGACGACGCUCAACGUGGGCUACGGGGGGGCUCAUGCCAGCUACUACCACCGGGCCAAUGAGCAGGUGCAGGUGGGGGUGGAGCUGGAGGCCAACACGCGGCUGCAGGAGACGACCUUUGCCUUCGGCUACCAGCUCAACCUGCCGCGAGCCAACGUCGUCUUCAGAGGGCUCCUGGACAGCAAUUGGAGCGUGGGGGGGGUCCUGGAGAAGAAGUUGCCCCCCCUGCCCGUCACGCUGGCCCUGGGCGCCUUCCUCAACCACUGGAGGAACCGCUUCCACUGCGGCUUCAGCGUCACCGUGGGCUGAGGGGACAGCGGGCACAGCGGGCACAGCGGGCACGUGGCACCGUCCUGCUCAGGGAGCCACCGGGGCCGGGCCGUGGAGGUGCCACAGGGACCCGCAGGGCGGGGACACGGCGGCCGGGGCACAGCGUGUGACAGAGCCACGGGGGCUGCGGGUGGCGGCCAAGGGGGGCUGGGGGCCCCGGUGUCCCCAGUGUCACCCCUCGGGGGUGGUGGCCAAGGGGGGCUGGGGGCCCCGGUGUCCCCGGUGUCACCCCUCGGGAGUGGCAGCUGCCACAGGGCUGGGGGGUCCCGUUGUCCCCAGCGCCAUCCCGGCCGUGCCUCAGUUUCCCUGCGGUGCCACACCCGGGAGCCCAGAUAAAUAAAGGAGCUUUACUCUGUG